GUCUGCUCUUGUCUCAGCCAAUGGUCAUAUGUAAAGUUCUGUGACAUUAAAAGCCAUCGUAGAGCUGGCGCAGGUAGAAGAAGAGCUUCUCACAGUUACUCAUCCGGAGAGUCCCACUGACUCGCUGCCAUGGAGGUGAACGGCACAGCCAACAUCCUGUCUUCAGCGUAUCUGGCGGUGGAAUUUGUGGAUUCAUUUCUUCCAGAAAAUCCGCUGCAGGAACCUCUGCGGCACGCGUGGAACCACAUGCUGCAGAGCUACAGCAAGUUCCAGAUCGCCACCUGGGGCUCCCUCAUCGUCCACGAACUGAUCUAUUUCCUCUUCUGUCUGCCUGGAUUUAUCUUUCAGUUCCUCCCUUUCAUGCAGAAGUAUAAGAUCCAACCAGAUAAACCAGAGACGUGGGAGAAACAGUGGAAGUGCUUUAAGAUGCUGCUGUUUAAUCACUUUUGCAUCCAGCUACCGCUCAUCUGCGGGACGUAUUACUUUACUGAGUUCUUCAGCAUUCCUUAUGACUGGGACUCCAUGCCUCGCUGGCCCUUUAUAUUGGCCCAGUGUUUUGGUUGUGCAGUGAUUGAAGACACGUGGCAUUACUUCCUCCACCGAGCCCUGCAUCAUCGCAGAAUCUACAAAUACAUUCAUAAAGUCCAUCAUGACUUCACUGCUCCAUUUGGCAUGCAGGCAGAAUAUGCCCACCCUGAGACUCUGAUUCUGGGGGCUGGAUUCUUUAUUGGCAUCAUGGUCUUCUGCAAUCAUAUGGUUUUGCUCUGGGCUUGGGUCGCCUUCCGGCUUCUUGAAACCAUCGGCGUUCACAGCGGUUACGACAUUCCUCUGAACCCCCUACAUCUGAUUCCAUUCUACGCCGGAGCUCGUUUCCAUGACUUCCACCACAUGAAUUUUGUGGGCAACUAUGGAUCUACUUUCACCUGGUGGGACAAACUCUUCAACACCGAUUCCCAAUUUAAGAAGCAUUACUCAUUUCAUAAAGCUGUGAAGAGCGACUGAUUGAGGAAGAUGCGCUUCACCGUCACCCAGAGCGAUCUAUCUCUCUUGUUGGACUCUUGUGUGGGCUCCGCUUGGUCUGAUGCUUUUUUUUGCAUCGCCUCCUGCUGCACACACCGACUGUAAAGUAUUUAAAAUCAGACUGAAUGGAUUUAAAUGAAUGCCAGCUUCUUACAGCAACGUGCCUUUGAAAAGAGAAAAAAAAAACACACCCCGCUGUUAUUAUUAGACCACUGGUACUCCAAAGGACUGUUUGGACUUCAGCCUGUGUUCUCAAUUAUUAUAAACAUUCAUCUGUUUCAAGUAAUAAUGACAUUAUUGCUCAAAAGCACUUUACUUUCACAUAAACAAAGAUGGAAUGUUAUAAAUGGUUAUUUUUGUAAUGCCUUAUUUUUCUUUUUCUUUUGCUUUGUUGCCUUACCUGAUUUUUUGCUCAGUUUCUGUAAAGAUUUUGUAACUUCCACAGGUACCACCUAUAGCAUAUAGAUGUGCCUUGGAAAGGAUUUGUGGGGAACAAUGAUUAAAAAAACAAAACAAAACACUUUUAGAGGGAGAAAAAAACUCCCAAACAUAGAUCUCAAAAUGUGUUUUCAUUCCGUAUUCACAUUCACUGAUGAAGUCAAAUGUUGCAUAUGAGGUGAGAUAUACAUAUUAAAUACAUGAUAUUAAAGAAUCAUGUGAUUGCAAAA